AUGAACAUUACAAUCAUCACAGCUAUUACUGCCACUGCUGCUACAACUACCCUUCUUACUGCCCGCAAUUACUACCCCAAACCAUUAAAUAGUAAGAUCAAAGCAGCAGGCGCGCGAGCUAAGGAGAUGUGUAAAAUGACGAUGGUGAAUGUCAAUUUUAGUGCGAAUGAUGGUUGUAAAGGUGGUGCUAGUGAUGUAAUUGCCAAUGUGUUAGUGAUGGGACUGGCGAUAUUGUUUGCUUUAACCCUAACCCUAACCCUAACCCUAACCCUAGGGUUAGGGUUAGGGUUAGAGUUAGGGUUAGGGUUAGGGUUAAUUGUUUCAGAAUCGUUUGUUUAUUUGUCAUAUUUUUUCAUCCUCGUGGAAGUAAGCAUGGAAUGUAGUCCUUUCUGUACGAGGGUGACUUUAAUUUUGUUGAAUAUACUCUUUCUUGUCGCUUCUCUGAUUCUAAUAGGACUCGGCGGAUUCUAUUACACCCAAACUUAUCCUUGUUUGUUAGGAAACUAUAUGAAGUUGUGUACUAUUUUGUUUAUAUCUUUAGGCUUUCUUCUGAUGCUUAUGUCACUAUUUGGUCUUGUUGGAGCCCUGAAGAAAAGCUAUGAAUACAUCGCAACCUUCACUAUCUUUAUCGUUCUUAUAACAACUGUGGAAAUUGGCAGUUCCACUGCAACAUUUUCGCUACGAAAAAUAGCAAGUCAUUCAGUGAGCGCGAGGAUGGUUAAGACCGAACACCAAUAUCUCUUCAACGCAACAGUUGCAAACGAAUGGGAUAGUAUUCAGAAAAAAUUCGCUUGUUGUGGAGUUCACAAACCAAGUGAAUGGUACAAUGUUUUGGGUAAUGGUACUGUUCCGGAUUCUUGUUGCAUUCACCCAACGGAAGGCUGCGGAAAUUACUCCCAAAAUCAGAGCUCUAUUUAUGAACAUGGUUGUUCGAAAAAGAUUCUUUCUUGGAUGCAUAAACGUCAAAUUUAUUUUGGGACUACUUGUAAUAUAUUUGGAUUUUUACAGUUGGUUGGUGGUAUAUUCGCCUGUUCUCUCGCAAGCUAUAUUCGUGUUGGAGCUAUAUAAAACCAAUGACUAUUUUUAAUUCUAAUUUACUAAAACAAUUAUUUUCAGAGUACAACAUAUUGUAAUCCUAAUCAAAUUAUCGAAUUCUUAUAACCAUACCAUUAUUUUAGAGGACAUUGUUUAUAAAGCCUCGUUGAUUUGUCUGUUCAGUUUUCAAAAAUUAUAAUGAUUGUUACCAUAUUGUUGAGCGGUUUUGUUACAUAUAAAGAGUUCUCCAAGCUAAA